AUGCACGCCUUCUCCAUUGUGACUAUUGGAAUCUUCGUCGCGGGGUACUCGACUGCGCGCUGGGACCUCGUCACUCGCCUAUACGAGCUGGCCAUAUUCGCCUGGGACCACGGAGUCGUUACAAGAGCUGCAAAGGCAUUUGCGGUGCUGUCGGUCUUCUUCUUCCUCUUGAUACUACCCGUCACGCGCAUUGCGGCGCAAGAGACGGACCUGCACCCACGGCUCACAGGCGGCGGCACCUCUGCACGCGAGCAGCUCAAACGUCGCGGCUCGUUCUAG